CUCAAAUCAUAUUUUGUAUCAGCUCGGUCGAGGCCUAGAAACACUUCUAAUAAUGAGCCCCGAAUUUAGGAGAGAAGCAUCAAAUUCUUACCGCACAUAAAUCGUUUGUCCAACUAUCCUUACCUCAAACCGCAGCAAUGGCAAUUGGAAUUGCAAUUCUAGGAGCCGGCAUCUUUGCAAGAGAGGAACACCUGCCAGCGAUUCGAGCUUGUGACUCUUUGUCCUUGAAAGCGAUCUAUUCUCGUUCCGAAGCUUCUUCAACAGCCCUAGCAAAGUCUGCAGAUGUCGAUACGUACUUUGAUUCCCCCAAAUCACCCUCGAAAUCUCUUGAUGAUCUACUACAACGCAAAGACAUUCACGCAGUCGUAAUUGCAUUACCGAUUCUUGUCCAGCCAGCGAUUAUCAGGAAAGCGCUCUCUGCCGGGAAACACGUUCUGAGCGAAAAGCCAAUCGCGAGAGACGUUGCAACCGCAGAGGGUUUGAUUGCUUGGUAUAAGGAACAAAAAAUCGAACAGAUAUGGAGUGUUGCAGAGAACUUCAGGUUUCUUGAGCCUGUUGUAUAUGGAGCUGAACAAGUGAAGAAGGUUGGAGGAAGUGUGACCACGUUCAGUAUGAAGUUAUAUGGGUUUGUGGACGAGAAUGACAAGUUUUACAAAACUCCUUGGAGACAGGUUCCGGAAUAUCAAGGCGGUUUUCUUCUUGACGGUGGGGUGCAUUUUACAGCUGGGCUCCGAGGGCUUUUAGUGGCAGGAGGACAGCACAUCACUCAUCUAGCAGCAUUUUCUUCUCUUCUAGAGAAAAAGCUCGCACCUGUCGACACUGUUCACGCAACGAUGAAGAUCUCAAAUGGAAACAAUGGGACUUUCAACUUAUCGUUCGGGACUGAGUUCAAAUCGGGAUUCGAGAUUGAGGUGGUUACUAGUAAAGGUGCUGUUGUAGUGAGGCCAACCGAAGUCGUGGUCACGACCAAGGACGAGAAAGGGGUGAAGAAGGAGGAUGUUAAGAAGUUUGAGUACAGUGCUGGUGUUAAACCUGAAAUCUUGGCUUUCGCUAAAGCUCUCGAAGCUGGUAAGGGAAAUGAGAAAUCAUCUCCAGAGGAAGCCUUAAUGGAUUUGAAGAUUCUCCAAACCUUAUUGGAAAGUGGGGAGAAGGGCGGGAAAGUUAUGAAAGUGGCAUAAUUGAGUCAGUCUAUUGGAUAUCCAAUUAAUUAUCGUCCAUCU